CGAAUCUGUUUAUUAUUUGUAUUACCCUUAUUAUCUAUUAAUUUAUCCAUUUGAAGAGCUCAUAGAUGCCUUGCAAUUGCCGCCAGGAAGCUGGUUCUCAUGAUCACUUGGGUGAUGGCUACUUGAGUGAUGGUCUAUUUGGCUUCGGUACACCAUUGAACGGAUCUAUCGAUUUACCGUUUAUUCAAAUAUGGAAUGCACGUAGUUCUUCAGAAGAGGUGAGAAGAGUCUUUGAUCCAGAAGCUCAAGAUAACAAUAUUCCCUUAUGUAGUGACCAAGAUCCCGAGCUGUUGAUAUUUUUACCUCUUUCAUCAAUUUGUAAAAUUAAAGGGAUCUCUAUCCUGGGUCCAAUGAGUGAUUUUGCCCCUUCACAGGUAAAGAUAUUUACAAACCCUGCUGAGGUUCUUGGCUUUGACUCAGUACGUCGUCUUAAACCACAUGAAGAAAUUCUGCUGGCUCAAGUUAGUGGUGAGGAUAGAGUGGUAUAUCGACUAAAUGCCACUAAGUUUGCUACUGUGAGCUCAUUAGCUUUAUACUUCGAACACAGUUUUGGUGAUGAGGAGACACACUUAUUACGUGUAGAUCUUUUUGGAGAGAAUUCUGGAAGACCCUCGACUCAACAAGUCGCUAAGAACGUCGUUUACGAAUCUCGUGCAAAUCCUGCGGAUCAUCCUGUACUCGAAACACAAAAUUUGUUUUUUACUUCAUCAGCAUGA